UUAAAGGAUUUCAGUAAGCUGCACAUUCCUUGCAUGCCCGCAUUCAGCUCAGCUCUGCGUAGGGGGAUGGAAGGGAGAAGAGGGAGGAGUUAGUUUCAUGUAAACGCAGGCAUAUGUCCAGCUUUUAAAAAAACUCACAUUUCCCUCGAGCAGCGACGAGAGGUGAGAAGGGGACAGGGAAUACCACCUGCCUGCAUGUGAUGUGGCUGACUCUCCUUUACAGUUGCACUGGUGGGGCAGCUCUGCUGUAUGCACUGUACAGAUGGGUGAUCCCCGCUGUGGUGCAGUAUCAUGCAGGACUCGUGCUUAUUUGGCAUGAUGUUAUUGUGGAAGGAUUGCUCAACACACUGACCCAGACCACACGUCCUCAGCGGAUGUUGGCUGCAGUACAGAAGAAUGCCACAAGAGGAGACCCUCGCAGCGUGGUCAAAGCCAUCGAUCAGUUCUGCCGACAGAAGGAGUGGGCCAUGAAUGUGGGGGAUGAGAAAGGGUGCAUUCUUGACUCUGUGGUGACUGAAGUAAACCCAGCGACGGUGCUGGAGCUGGGAACCUACUGUGGCUACUCCACAGUGCGCAUCGCCAGCCUGCUGCCUUCUAAUGCCAAGCUCAUCACCCUUGAAUUUAACCCGGACUACGCUGCAAUCGCUCGCCAGGUGAUCGCUUGGGCAGGAUUGGAAGAUAAGGUUCAGUUAGUUGACGGAGCAUCUGGUGACUGGAUCCCCAAAAUGAAAGAGAAAUUUGGGAUAGAAACAUUUGAUUUGGUUUUCUUGGAUCACUGGAAAGAUCGCUACCUCCCUGACACAAAGCUGAUGGAGGAGUGUGGCCUCCUCAGGAAAGGCAGCAUCCUAUUGGCAGAUAAUGUUAUCUGCCCUGGAACUCCUGACUACCUUGAGUACAUUCGUAACAGCCCCCGGUAUAAAAGCCAGUACUUCAGAUCUCACCUGGAGUACACCAAAGUGGAAGAUGGCUUGGAGAAAUCUGUUUUCUUAGGGUAGAUUUUCAUGUUUUACACUCAUAUACUUUAGACCUUCUUUAUUUUGGGAUCAUUGAUGACUUAAAAUAAGAAAUUCCUUCUCUUUUUCUAAUGUAAUGAAUUUGUUAACUUGAAAAUAAAAAUAACAUGAAAUAAAAA